ACAUACUCAUUUGAAAUGAGGAUAAUAAAUUGCUAUAGAAGUUUUGAGACUGAAUUACUGGAUUUGGACUUGGAGCCACCAAAACCAAAGAAAAUGAAAAAAAAGAAAGAAAUGGCUGAUAAAAAUGAAGAUGCAAUUGCAAAAUGCAAUUCAAUAUCUCACAUGAGUAAUGGGGUAAAGCACUCAAAAAAGGAGAAUAAUUCUAGUGAAGAUUCACAUACAGAAUGUGAAAGUGAUCAAGAUCAGGAAUUAACAGCAGAACAAAAGGAAGGUGCUUUUGCUAGUUUUGAUAUCUUUAAAGCAACUGUUGAUCUUCUGAAAGCUCGUGGCGUCUCCUACUUGUUUCCAGUACAAGUGAAGACUUUCAUGCCGAUACUUGAAGGCAAAGAUGUAAUCACCCAAGCUCGGACAGGAACAGGGAAAACAUUCUCCUUUGCUAUUCCAUUGAUUGAAAAACUUGAUAGAGAUCCACAAGAAAGAAAAAGAGGCUGUUCCCCGAAGGUACUAGUUCUGACUCCAACCAGAGAAUUGGCAAUGCAGGUUGCCAGAGACUUCAAAGAUAUUACAAAGAAACUUACUGUGGCUUGUUUUUAUGGAGGAACGGCGUAUAAUGGACAAUUGGAUUUAAUUAGAAAUGGCAUUGACAUCCUGGUUGGGACUCCCGGUCGAAUAAAAGAUCACCUCCAAAAUAAUAAAUUGGACAUUUCUAAAUUGAGACAUGUUGUCCUGGAUGAAGUUGAUCAGAUGUUGGAUAUGGGAUUUGCUGAACAAGUAGAAGAAAUCUUAAUGAAUUCUUAUAAGAAAGAUUCUGAAGAUAAUCCACAGACACUCUUGUUUUCUGCAACUUGUCCUCAGUGGGUUUACAAUGUAGCAAAGAAAUAUAUGAAAUCCAAAUAUGAGCAAUUUGAUCUAAUUGGAAAGAAGACUAAAAAAACUGCUACAACUGUAGAGCAUUUGGCCAUUGAAUGUCAUUGGUCCCAAAGAGCUGCAGUGAUUGGAGAUGUCAUUCAAGUCUACAGCGGGAGUCAUGGACGAACCAUAAUAUUUUGUGAAACCAAAAAAGAAGCAACUGAGCUGGCUCUUAAUGCCUCAAUAAAACAGGACGCACAAUCUUUACAUGGUGAUAUUCCACAAAAACAGAGAGAGGUCACUUUGAAAGGCUUUCGUAAUGGAGCGUUUGAAGUACUGGUUGCAACUAAUGUGGCUGCCUGUGGCUUAGAUAUUCCAGAGGUUGAUCUGGUAAUACAGAGUUCCCCACCAAAGGAUGUGGAGUCUUAUAUUCAUCGCUCUGGACGCACAGGCAGGGCUGGAUGGACUGGGCUCUCUAUCUGUUUCUACCAGCGCAGGGAAGAUUAUCAGCUGAAACAAGUAGAACAAAAAGUGGGCAUUACAUUUAAACAUGUAGGUGUUCCUACAGCAACAGACAUAAUUAAAGCUUCCAGUAAAGAUGCAAUCAGAUCUUUGGAUUCUGUUCCUCCAUCUGCCAUUGACUACUUCAGACAAUCUGCUGAACAGCUCAUAGAAGAAAAAGGGGCCGUGGAAGCUCUGGCUGCAACCCUGGCUCAUAUCUCAGAAGCUACAUCCAUUGAACAGCGCUCUUUGCUUAACUCUGAUGUGGGUUAUGUGACCAUGAUACUUCAGUGCUCGGUAGAAAUGCAUGCCACUGGUUAUGCUUGGAGGGGUCUGAAAGAACAAUUGGGCAAAGACAUUGACAACAAAAUAUCCAGAAUGUGUUUUCUCAAAGGAAAAAUGCGUGUAUGUUUUGAUAUUCCAAAAGCUGAAUUAAAUAAAAUAAAGGAAACAUGGCAAAAUACAAGACGCUGGGAACUUUCUGUAGCAACAGAAUUGCCUGAGCUUGAAAAUUCACCACGAGAGGGAGGCCGAAGUCCAGCCAUGGAAUUCAGGAAUGGAAGACGAAACGGUGGUUUCAACAGGCAUGAUCGAUUCAGAAAUAGGGGCCAAAAACGGACUAUAAUCAAGCUUUUUGAUAAUUUGCUAAUAUAUCAAAAUGGGACUUGAACUUCUUGUUUUAGCAUAAGUAAAGUUAAUUUACACUUUA